AUGCGACUCAAUCCAGUUGCUCCAGAAAUCAUCCCACAUCAAGCUUCCGAAGACAUUGUCGUUGAUGGCGUCUUGAUUGAAAAAGGAUCAACACUUUACGGUUCAGUUGGUGCCGUUUUUGCCAAUCCAGAGAACUUUCCUGAGCCAGAAAAAUUCAUCCCUGAUCGAUUUAUGAAAAAUGGCGAGUAUGUUCAUGACCUGCGCGUUUGCAGCUUUUCUGUUGGAUUGAGAUAUUGCAUUGGCAAACAAAUUGCCAUCGAGGAACAGUUCAUUUUCGCGACGAACAUCGUUCGGGAAUUCCGACUUGUCAGAACUUCUGGAAAUAUGGAUAUUGCUGAAGAUCUGUCUAUGCGCUUUCCGAAGCAUUCGAUGAUGCGAUUUGAAAGAAGAAGAUCAAAUUGA